GAACCGGGUCAGACGCGGUGGCCGCCGCGCGCCUGCGGGGAGCUCGCUGCUGACCCGCCCCGCGAGCCCGUGCCCCACACGCACCGUCGCCAUGGCUACAAAAGACCCCACAGCUGUGGAGAGAGCCAACUUGUUAAACAUGGCCAAGCUGAGCAUCAAAGGACUCAUUGAAUCUGCCCUGAGCUUCGGCCGCACUCUGGACUCGGACUAUCCCCCCCUCCAGCAGUUCUUUGUGGUUAUGGAACACUGUCUGAAGCAUGGCCUUAAAGUGAGAAAAUCAUUUUUGAGUUAUAACAAAACUAUUUGGGGCCCCCUGGAACUGGUGGAGAAGCUGUACCCAGAAGCAGAGGAAAUCGGAGCGAGUGUCCGGGACUUGCCUGGCCUGAAAACUCCCCUGGGCCGUGCUAGGGCGUGGCUCCGAUUAGCCCUCAUGCAAAAAAAAAUGGCCGAUUACCUGCGUUGCUUAAUUAUCCAGAGGGAGCUCCUGAGCGAGUUCUAUGAGUACCAUGCACUAAUGAUGGAGGAGGAAGGAGCCGUGAUUGUUGGGCUGCUGGUCGGCCUGAACGUGAUUGAUGCCAAUCUGUGUGUGAAGGGAGAGGACCUAGACUCCCAGGUUGGAGUGAUUGAUUUCUCAAUGUAUUUAAAAAAUGAAGAAGAGACGGGGAACAAAGAAAGGAAUGUUCAAAUUGCAGCCAUCUUAGACCAAAAGAAUUACGUGGAGGAACUAAAUAGACAACUCAACAGCACAGUCAGCAGCCUCCAUUCAAGAGUGGACUCGUUAGAAAAGUCCAACACGAAGCUCAUCGAAGAGUUAGCAAUAGCGAAGAAUAAUAUCAUUAAGCUCCAAGAAGAAAACCAUCAGUUACGUAGUGAAAACGAGUUGAUCUUAAUGAGAACGCGGCAGCAUCUGGAGGUUACCAAAGUGGAUGUGGAAACAGAGCUUCAGACAUAUAAGCAUUCCCGGCAAGGUCUAGACGAAAUGUACAAUGAUGCAAGGAGGCAGCUUCGAGACGAGUCACAGCUCCGACAGGAUGUGGAGAAUGAGCUGUCAGUACAAGUUGGCAUGAAGCAUGAGAUUGAGCUUGCUAUGAAAUUGCUGGAGAAGGAUAUUCAUGAGAAACAAGACACUCUCAUAGGCCUUCGGCAACAGCUGGAAGAGGUCAAAGCAAUCAACAUCGAGAUGUACCAAAAGCUGCAGGGCUCUGAAGACAGCUUGAAAGAAAAGAAUGAAAUAAUUGCCCGACUAGAAGAAAAGACCAAUAAAAUCACCACGGCCAUGAGGCAGCUGGAGCAAAGAUUGCAGCAAGCAGAGAAGGCACAGAUGGAAGCUGAGGUCCAGGAUGAGAAAUAUGCCCAAGAGUGUCUGAGCAGAUCCGACAGUCUGCAGAGACAGAUCUCACAGAAGGAGCAGCAGCUGGUGCAGCUGGAAACCGAUUUGAAGAUUGAGAAGGAAUGGAGGCAGACUCUGCAAGAAGAUCUUCAAAAGGAGAAAGAUGUCCUAGCUCAUCUUAGAAAUGAGACCCAACAAAUCAUUAGUCUCAAAAAAGAGUUUCUUAACCUCCAGGAUGAAAAUCAGCAGUUGAAAAAAAUAUACCAUGAACAAGAACAGGCUCUGCAAGAACUUGGCAGCAAACUCUUCGAAUCCAAACUUAAAAUAGACGACAUAAAAGAAGCCAACCAAGCAUUACAGGGACUGGUCUGGCUGAAAGACAAAGAGGCAACACACUGUAAGCUUUGUGAGAAGGAAUUUUCACUCUCCAAAAGAAAGCACCACUGUAGAAACUGCGGGGAAAUUUUCUGUAAUGCCUGCUCUGACAACGAGCUGCCUUUGCCUUCUUCACCAAAGCCAGUGCGAGUCUGUGAUUCCUGUCAUGCAAUACUCAUUCAGAGAUGCUCCUCUAAUGUGCCAUGACACUAGAACUCUAUCUCCUGCACAGAAGCACCUGCCGUGAGUGUGAGGACUGAGUGUCCAGUCAGCACUGUGCCUCUCCUCCAGCUAACACCCAGGAUUCUAAGUUGUAUAGUUAGUAUUCCGUUUCUGCACUUACUCAAGAUUUUAAGAUAGCAUGUUUUAUCACUACUUGGAACAGUCAUGUAACCCUUAAGGAAAGGCCAGAUAGCAGAGCUAAUAAUGCACAUUUGCCUUAUCUUCUAGAGGCCUUCUUGAGAACAAGGCCACAGCUUGUUUGUUUCUGAACUGUCAAGUUGGCACCGAUGGUGCCUGUAAUUCUCUUAAUGCACUUUAAAGCUUCACAAUUCUCAGAGGAAGACUGGAAAUGCACUCAUUUUGUGAUAUGCCAAUUGAACAUCCUUUUUUGAAACAAGGUUGAAACAAAGUUGUCCAUUUUUGACCAUGAACUCAUAGACUUCCUUGCCUCAGCUUUGAAGUGCUGGGGUCAUAGGUGUGGGCCUCCAUACGAGGUCUGUAUAGUCUUCAUUGUCUGGUAAGGUUCUAACUUAAUUGUAUUUAUUUGUUCUUUUCCCCUCGUCUACAAUGGAAAAGGCCAAUAGUUUUUUCCCAUACCUUUCUUUUUGCUUGCCUACACCUUUCAUAUAGUGGAUUAAAGGACCAGCUUUUCCUUCUACUCUUUAAGGAAUGUUAUAUAUAACCACCAUCCUCAUCACAGAUGCUACUUUUUGUAAAGGGUUGGACCCCAAAGACCCCACAGGCUUUUAAAGAUCCUAAGCAUUAAAAAUAAGAGCAUUUAGCCAGUCGGUGGUGGUGCACGUUUUUAAUCCCAGCACUGGUCUACAGAGCAAGCUCUAGGACAGGCACCAAAACUACACAGAGAAACCCUGUCUCAAAAUACCAAAACAAUAACAAAAAAGAGCAUUUAAAACUGCCUAUGCUAUGACAUAAUUAAGUCCCCCUGCCCCCCAAUUCUCUUAGGAAACUUCUAGCAUUACAUUCCAGUGUUUACACCUAUCCACAGUAGAAUUUCACCCUAUGUAUUAAGUACCUUUAUGCUAUGGUCUUAGGCAGAUAGUAGUUUCUUUUUUUCCAGCAGAAAAACAUUAAGUUACUUAAACCAUGACCAUUCAGGAUCUUAAAUAUAUUAAUUUCUGGUCUUGCACUUUUAAAUCUAUAAGCUCUCUAUAGAGAUUUUACAUUCCUAAAGACAGUUUAGUGAUUAGUUACUUUCCUGAUCCUAAUUCUUCAGGAUCUUUUCAUCUGUUAUAUUUCAGUAAAUUUUAUAAAUUGCCAAAAUGACAAAACCAGUAUUUUCACCAGCUUCUGGGGUCAACUUAAAUUAGAUCUGUCAGAUUUUGAGGCGUCCCAUUUUGGAAACGGACUCAUGUAACCUAAGUUGGCCUCUAACUUGGUGUGUAGCAGAUGACCUUGAACUGAUUCUCUGACCUCCAUACCCCCCAGCUGCUGAGAUUAUAACUGUGUGCUGUUUUAUGUGGUGCUGGGGAUGGAAGCCCUGGCUUUGUGCAGGUUGGCCAGGUAUUCUACCAACUGAGCUACACUCCCUCCUCCCCGCUGCAGAUGUCAUUUGUUGAGUACUGACAGAAAUGGCCUUAAAGCAGAAUUAAGAUGGUUAAGACAGAAGGCAGGAAGGCCACAAGUUCAAGGCCACCCUGGUUCAUCCCUAGAGCUUCAGAUAUAUGAAACAGUGAAAACCUGGCUCAGAAACUGGAAAAAUAAAAAUUAUAUUCUUGAAGCAUUUUGUAUCAAUGGGGAUAGACUAAUAACAUUUUUAUGACUGCUGAAAGUGAGCAUAAAUGAAAAAAACUCCAAAUAUUUCAUUAUGUGCUUUUUGUCACAAACAUGGGCCUUUUCUGGGGCAGCAUUAACUUGAGCCCCACUGUCUAGGAUGAGGCUAUAGCUCAGUGGUAAAAUGUUUGUUUACUGUGGAUGAUAAAGCCCUGGGUUCUCAAUCCACAGCACUACCACCAAACAAAAUCACACAAUCUCAGUUUAGGAUACCCCAUUCAUUACAAACCAUUCCCAAGCUGCUGUCAUUCCCUUACUUACCCUAGCCAGCACUCCCACAAAGAUAUGAUCAUGGUGCCAAGGAAUUGUAAUUCAAAUCUGUAUGUUUUUAAAAUAAAUGUGACUUUUAUAAAACAAAGUUUUGAGAAACUAA